AGGUGGAGCACUUCAGCCCCGGUCGAGUCUCAGAGAAGGUCCUGUUCCACCUGCUCCGUCACCCCAGCGUCAACCAGGAAGUCCACUUUGACCCCAACAACCGUUUGAGUGCAGGUCACUACCUGUACACUAGAAACCACCCGGUGGAUUAUUUCAUCCUGCUGCUGCAGGGCCGUGUGGAGGUGGAGAUCGGCAAAGAGGGGCUGAAGUUUGAGAACGGGGCGUUUACGUACUACGGAGUGUCUGCUCUGACGCUGCCAUCUUCAGUGCAUCAGUCUCCAGUGUCGACCCAGCGUCACUCUCCCAGGGAUCCCUUUGAGGCGGCAGAAGCUACGAGCCCGUCCAGCUAUUGUCCUGACUACACCGUCCGAGCGCUCACCGACCUGCAGCUCAUACGGGUGACUCGUCUUCAGUAUUUGAACGCUCUCAUGGCGUCGCGGGUCGGCCAGAGUCCCGAUCCUCCUGAGAUUAAGAUCCUGCCCAACAGUCAGACCAAGCUGCUCAACGACAGAAACACCACACAAGGUGGCAGCAAACCCGCGGAGAGCUCCACAGAAGAGGAGGCUCAUGGGUAGUGCGGUUCUGUCUGCCUCCCCCCUUUUUACGCCCACUCAAGUGUUUAGGUGUUUAUGUUUGUUUUAGUUUUUAUUGAUGAAUCAUCUAUGGCUGGAUCGUUAUUGGGUUAUUGGACAAAACUGGAGUGAGAGCGAUUUUAAUUUGUCUGUUAUUCUCCUCCUAACAUCCCCCCCCCCCGAUGUUGUUUUAUACACUAUGGACUCUAUGUGUAUAUAUAUAUAUAUAUAUAUAUAUAUAUAUAUAUAUAUAUAAAAAUGCAUUUCAUUUUAUUUUGGGGCGUUGCCUUCUUCCAAGUUUCGCCUUUUGUAUUAAACUGCAUUGCCAUUCCUCAUUUUUGCUGUCUGGGUGCCAAAGCUAUCGUAUAUGUGUGUGUGUGUGUGUGUGUGUGUGUGUGUUGUCUGUGUGUACUGAAGCAUCCGUCCAUUUAGGAUACUAAAAAACACACAAGCUGGCCAAAACUACAAGCAGGUUUUGCACGACGCACAUUAAGCUACUUGAGAAAGCUGUAAGGUACGUCCAUAUUUUUAUGCCCUCGCACAUCAUUCCUGUCAGACGUACUGUUGAGUUUUCAAGAGCCCCAAAAAAAUAACUUUAAUUUCAAAUUUCAGCUCUAAAGCUGAUGGUUUAUAAACUCAAGCUGACUUCCAAAAGUGGGCCCAGAAUGUACGGGUCCAACUCAAUACGAUUGCCGGUUUCGUUACCACGGCAACAUUAAUAGAAGUCCCAGCCACCCAAUAUUGGGUAAUGUUAUUUAAUAACCUAAAAAAAGUGCAAGAAAACUCCUGCAAACUGUCUACAUUACACAAAUUUAGACGCUCACAGCUUUGGUGUAAAUAUGACUGAAGAUCUGUAGUUCCUCUGACACCUAAGAUGGUUAAAAAAAACUGAGAUUGUGUCGUUUUAAAACACAAAUGUCAUCGAAAAGUAUCAAAGCAUCUGAAUUUAAGACAGCUAUAGCAGAAUUUUUAAAUUCACAAAGAGAGAGAGUUUUUAUUCUUAUGUUAACAAAAGCUUAAAAAUGUUCUUAAAUCCAAAAGAAGCUAUGCCUGACGGAUUCGUUGGGUAGCCAAUAUGAAUAUUAACGGUCCAAUAUGGGCCAAGUGCAUCCAUAUAAUAUCUUUAAUAUGUUUCAGAUACAUGCCAAUCUGGAUAUGGAGAGAAAUGUUUCGGCCAAAAAAAGAAAUGGUGUCAAAAAUUUCUCAAAUAUCCAAUUUUGGUGGUGAUGGAGAAAUGAGUUGAUGGUUUAGUUUUGAUUUUCAAACUUCAGUGCUUGAAUUUGUGAUAUUUGCUCCAGAUUUUGAAAGUUUUUUCAAGACGAGAAAGAAAAUACGAUCCAUGUAGAAACAGUUUCUUCUUGUACAUUUUAGAUUUCCUCAAAGUGAGGUAUCAGAAAAAUGAUCAAUUCAAUAUUUUUUACCAAAACUAAGGUUUGGUAUCCGCACGAGUAUUUACAAAAAAGUUCAAAAGCCUCACUGCUUAGACCCGUCUGAAGUUUGCUGCCAGACAUGAAAUAAUUUUCAAUAUAUUUGAUCGUUUGUUAUUUUUCAUGCACACAGUGCCAUUGAUCCGCCUGUUUAGCUUCUCACAUUUGCACAUUUCCUGCCGUUUGAAAUUCUUUGCGGUUGGAUCUGUUCAUUUGCCAAAAUAAUCAAUCAAAUGUUCACAUCUUCCCACUUUUUACGGAAGGAGAACGAUUAUACUUGCAGCUUCAUAUCGUAUUUUAUUGAGAUACCUAAAGGCUAAAACUGAAGAUAUCAGAAAAUGCGGACAAAUCCUUUUGAUAAAAAAAGAUUAACCUCGUUUUGGUCAUUCUUGUGAUGUCUUUUGACGUUUGAGGAAAGCCUUAAAUUAACCUCUGAAGUACACAUAGAAAAAUCACUCCAUUACUCCACCUGCAGAGGGCGCUGUUAAUCUGAAAACGGCGUUGAUGUCUUUGUGCAUUAUUUAAAAUCCUGAAACUGGAAGUGAGAUUAAUUGAAAAAGAUGCAUGUUGGAUUCAGCAGAGCACCUUCUGCAGUUAAAUAUCCAUCUGUCUGCACGUUGUCUCUGUUGUUAAAUGUCUUUUUUGUAGACAUUCCUGUAUCCCAUCUGUCUGUCUCUGAAUGUCUGUGAGUGUGUGUGUGUGAUAAAUAAUAUUUCAGAAACUACAUGUCAACGAGCAAGCAUUAAAUUUCCACCUAAACUUCAUUACCCAUGUUGUAUGCUGAUAUGUUACCAUGCAUAAGAAGCGUCUGUCAGUCAUUGCUGCAUGUUAGUGAACAUGUGAAAUAUGUCAGAAGCGGCUUCUAAAUAACCCACAGUGUGUCGCCUGUAUUUGAUGCGGAGGAAAUAAUGAGGUUGACUUUCUACAUUUAUUUUUUCCAAGUCUAUUUUAAAGGACCAAUCUGUAAGAUAUCUACUGAAUGAAAUGAUAAAAUGA